GUCCCAUGCCCAAAAGUAAGACUCAGGAGCUCGAGGAGCACAUGCCAAAUUGGUUGCGACUCCUGCGUGAGGUGACUAUCUGGCAAAUUGGCAAUGGCCGAUUCCAUGAUGAACAGGCGGUGACAGCGACGAUCGAUGUUUCUGCAUAUGAAGAGCCUGGCAUCCUCCACCAUUUGUCGCUGCAGCCGCCAAGUCUUUCUCAACUAUCCUCUAUUGGCUCGCAGUAGAACGACUAUUGCUCACGGUGCACGUUUGCGUCGUUGCAGCCUUGCAAGCCUAAGGCUAUGUUGACCUCCACUGGUUGCCUCUUAUGCUUCAUCGGGUCUAUGUUCCUGCAGCUAUCGUUGCUGUCUUUCGUGGACCGCGGCACGCUGGCACAACAGGGUGGUGGAUGCAUGCAAUACCAAGUGGACGCCCAUUUACUAGUCACAGUCAAACUUGCUCCAACGUGCGACGCAGAAACGGAUGUAUCAGAUUCAGAGAUGUGCUCGCGGGACUCAUAUCUACAAGGAUCAUCGGCAGGGACAGGCGGCAAGAUUAAGCGUCCUAGACUUUCUCCGCCCAUUUCACCAAGAAGCCUAUUCACCUCGCUAGCACCAACUUUGGGCCCGGCAGACUGCGAAGCUGUAUGUGCGAAGCGUAUUGCUGAUCUAGUCUAUAGCAUCGCUGGGUCCAACGCAGAUCCUUGCUUAUACAUCAUGGACAAGAAGAAAUCCGCAUGGUGGGAUAUCCUCUUCCGACAUCCGCGAAGUGGCUUGUGGCGAACCCCGUUCGAGGUGGGUUUUGCGUGUUCGUGUCAGAUCGGGAUGGUCGUGCAGCGAGCGGUCCACCGGCUACCGCUUCAGUCAGAACGUUCGAGCAUCUUUGCGAAUCCUUCUUCUUCUUCGGUUCCUGUCUUCGACUCUGCGCAUUGUGAACCAAGCAGAAUAGCAGCCCGAAUUCUCAACACUGCCAACGUGCUCCAGCAACAGUCAUGGUACCCCAAGCCUUCCUACACAAAAGAUCGUCAAAGUCCAGACUUCGUCCUCGAAGAUCAUCUUCGAGGAUGGGUGGAUUAUUUCACCCCUGAUGGCUUAUUCUCUCCUAUCUCCUGCAAUCACGAUUGGACAGAUCUCUUUAAAGGCCACGGACUGAAUAUACAGUCAAAUCUUCUUAAGCCUCCUCACUCGAGCAACUGCUCCCUCAAAUAUUACGUUGCAGACCAACGACAGUCAGGCUACAAUGUCCUCUGCUGCCAUGGAGAACUCAUGGCCCCGAUUAAACAGCGAAUUGAGCUCUUGGAUUCGGCUGAUCCACGCGUUGAUCCUCUUGGGAUAGAUGCUUCCCGAGAAGUGUGCACACAGUUUGGCAUUCCUGUCGAGAUAGAAGACAUGAUUUUCGAGAGAGCCGCUGUUAACGUACAGCUAGGGUGGAAGCCAUCUCAGAUGAACUUUAUGUAGCUCGAAAAGUAGAAAUUGUGCUGUUGCCGGUGAUAAAGUCAAUGCUGCUAUCGCAAUCUCCUCGUCAUGCAUAUCAUUUCUCAAGGCUGAGAGGCCUAUGGGCAAGAUGGAAGUAAAUGCGAAUAAGGAUUACCUUGUGAGUCUAUAGUCUGAUUUAGUGUGAACCUUCAAAGACAUUAGCGAUGUUGCUCGUCCAUGCCUUGUACUUUACCAUAGCUAUAGCCAAGAGUGUGC